UUCUAACAGGUUUCACUGAAAACAGAUCCUGCAAAAGUUCCAGGUGCCUAUACUGGAAACUUGGAGAUCCUGCUUCCCAGACCACAGCUGUGGGGAACUUGGGGUGGAGCAGAGAAGUUUCUGUAUUCAGCUGCCCAGGCAGAGGAGAAUGGGGUCUCCACAGCCUGAAGAAUGAAGACACGACAGAAUAAAGACUCGAUGUCAAUGAGGAGUGGACGGAAGAAAGAGGCCCCUGGGCCCCGGGAAGAACUGAGAUCGAGGGGCCGGGCCUCCCCUGGAGGGGUCAGCACGUCCAGCAGUGAUGGCAAAGCUGAGAAGUCCAGGCAGACAGCCAAGAAGGCCCGAGUAGAGGAAGCCUCCACCCCAAAGGUCAACAAGCAGGGUCGGAGUGAAGAGAUCUCAGAGAGUGAAAGUGAGGAGACCAAUGCACCAAAAAAGACCAAAACUGAGGAACUCCCUCGGCCACAGUCUCCCUCUGAUCUGGAUAGCUUGGAUGGGCGGAGCCUUAAUGAUGAUGGCAGCAGCGACCCUAGGGAUAUUGACCAGGACAACCGAAGCACGUCCCCCAGCAUCUACAGCCCUGGAAGUGUGGAGAAUGACUCCGACUCAUCUUCUGGCCUGUCCCAGGGCCCAGCCCGCCCCUACCACCCACCUCCACUCUUUCCUCCUUCCCCUCCACCGCCAGACAGCACCCCUCGACAGCCAGAGGCUAGCUUUGAACCCCAUCCUUCUGUGACACCCGCUGGAUAUCAUGCUCCCAUGGAGCCCCCCACAUCUCGAAUGUUCCAGGCUCCUCCUGGGGCCCCUCCCCCUCACCCACAGCUCUAUCCUGGGGGCGCUGGUGGAGGAGUUUUGUCUGGACCCCCAGUGGGUCCCAAGGGGGGAGGGGCUGCCUCAUCAGUGGGGGGCCCUAAUGGGGGUAAGCAGCACCCCCCACCCACUACUCCCAUUUCAGUAUCAAGCUCUGGGGCUAGUGGUGCUCCCCCAGCUAAGCCACCUAACACUCCAGUGGGUGGUGGGAACCUACCUUCUGCUCCACCACCAGCCAACUUCCCCCAUGUGACCCCGAACCUGCCUCCCCCACCUGCCCUGAGACCCCUCAACAAUGCAUCAGCCUCUCCCCCUGGCCUGGGGGCCCAACCACUACCUGGGCAUCUGCCCUCUCCCCAUGCCAUGGGGCAGGGUAUGGGUGGACUUCCUCCUGGCCCAGAGAAGGGCCCGACUCUGGCUCCUUCACCCCACUCUCUGCCUCCUGCUUCCUCUUCUGCCCCAGCACCCCCCAUGAGGUUUCCUUAUUCAUCCUCUAGUAGUAGCUCUGCAGCAGCCUCCUCUUCCAGUUCUUCCUCCUCUUCCUCUGCCUCCCCCUACCCAGCUUCCCAGGCAUUGCCCAGUUACCCCCACUCUUUCCCUCCCCCAACAAGCCUCUCUGUCUCCAAUCAGCCCCCCAAGUAUACUCAGCCUUCUCUCCCAUCCCAGGCUGUGUGGAGCCAGGGUCCCCCACCACCUCCUCCCUAUGGCCGCCUCUUAGCCAACAGCAAUGCCCAUCCAGGCCCCUUCCCGCCAUCUACUGGGGCCCAGUCCACUGCCCACCCACCAGCCUCAACACAUCACCAUCACCACCAGCAACAGCAGCAGCAGCAGCAGCAGCAGCAUCACGGAAGCUCUGGGCCCCCUCCUGGAGCAUUUCCCCACCCCCUGGAGGGCGGCAGCUCCCACCACGCACACCCUUAUGCCAUGUCUCCCUCCCUGGGGUCUCUGAGGCCCUACCCACCAGGGCCAACACACCUGCCCCCACCUCACAGCCAGGUGUCCUACAGCCAAGCAGGCCCCAAUGGCCCUCCAGUCUCUUCUUCUUCCAACUCUUCCUCUUCCACUUCUCAAGCGUCCUUCCCAUGUUCACACCCUUCCCCCUCCCAGGGACCUCAGGGGACGCCCUACCCUUUCCCACCGGUGCCUACGGUCACCACCUCUUCGGCUACCCUUUCCACGGUCAUUGCCACCGUGGCUUCCUCGCCAGCAGGCUACAAAACGGCCUCCCCACCUGGGCCCCCACCGUACGGAAAGAGAGCCCCGUCCCCGGGGGCCUACAAGGCAGCCACCCCACCCGGAUACAAGCCCGGGUCUCCUCCCAACUUCCGAACGGGGACCCCACCGGGCUAUAGAGGAACCUCGCCACCCGCAGGCCCAGGGACCUUCAAGCCGGGCUCGCCCACCGUGGGACCUGGGCCCCUGCCACCUGCGGGGCCCUCAGGCCUGCCAUCUCUGCCACCACCACCCGCGGCCCCUGCCUCAGGGCCGCCCCUGAGCGCCACGCAGAUCAAGCAGGAGCCGGCUGAGGAGUAUGAGACCCCCGAGAGCCCAGUUCCGCCAGCCCGCAGCCCCUCGCCCCCUCCCAAGGUGGUAGAUGUGCCCAGCCAUGCCAGUCAGUCUGCCAGGUUCAACAAACACCUGGAUCGCGGCUUCAACUCGUGCGCGCGCAGCGACCUGUACUUCGUGCCACUGGAGGGCUCCAAACUGGCCAAGAAGCGGGCCGACCUGGUGGAGAAGGUGCGGCGCGAGGCGGAGCAGCGCGCGCGCGAAGAAAAGGAGCGGGAGCGCGAGCGGGAACGCGAGAAGGAGCGCGAGCGCGAGAAGGAGCGCGAGCUUGAACGCAGCGUGAAGUUGGCUCAGGAGGGCCGUGCUCCGGUGGAAUGCCCAUCUCUGGGCCCAGUGCCCCAUCGCCCUCCAUUUGAACCGGGCAGUGCGGUGGCUACAGUGCCCCCCUACCUGGGUCCUGACACUCCAGCCUUGCGCACUCUCAGUGAAUAUGCCCGGCCUCAUGUCAUGUCUCCUGGCAAUCGCAACCAUCCAUUCUACGUGCCCCUGGGGGCAGUGGACCCGGGGCUCCUGGGGUACAAUGUCCCGGCCCUGUACAGCAGUGAUCCUGCUGCCCGGGAGAGGGAACGGGAAGCCCGUGAACGAGACCUCCGUGACCGCCUCAAGCCUGGCUUCGAGGUGAAGCCUAGUGAGCUGGAACCCCUACAUGGGGUCCCUGGGCCGGGCUUGGAUCCCUUUCCCCGACAUGGGGGCCUGGCUCUGCAGCCUGGCCCACCUGGCCUGCACCCUUUCCCCUUUCAUCCGAGCCUGGGGCCCCUAGAUCGAGAACGUCUAGCACUGGCAGCUGGGCCAGCCCUGCGGCCUGACAUGUCCUAUGCUGAGCGGCUGGCAGCUGAGAGGCAGCACGCAGAAAGGGUGGCGGCCCUGGGCAAUGACCCGCUGGCCCGGCUGCAGAUGCUCAAUGUGACUCCCCAUCACCACCAGCACUCCCACAUCCACUCGCACCUGCACCUGCACCAGCAAGAUGCUAUCCAUGCAGCCUCUGCCUCAGUGCACCCUCUCAUCGACCCCCUGGCCUCAGGGUCUCACCUUACUCGGAUCCCCUACCCAGCUGGAACUCUCCCUAACCCCCUGCUUCCUCACCCUCUGCACGAGAACGAAGUUCUUCGUCACCAGCUCUUUGCUGCCCCUUACCGGGACCUGCCGGCCUCCCUUUCUGCCCCAAUGUCAGCAGCUCAUCAGCUGCAGGCCAUGCACGCACAGUCAGCUGAGCUGCAGCGCUUGGCGCUGGAACAGCAGCAGUGGCUGCAUGCCCAUCACCCGCUGCACAGUGUGCCGCUGCCUGCCCAGGAGGACUAUUACAGGUACCCCAGGGGGACAUGGGCUCAGCGAGCCUGGGAGGGGCUGUGGGCAUGGAACAGCUGGGCACUGUGCUCCUGGGGGAGGGAACCCCUCCUCUCCCAACCCCUUUGGUAAGGGGGCAAGGUCAGGGUUGGUCUCAAGUCUCUUACCUCUCUGCUAUGCACUGCCCCUUCCCUAGUCACCUGAAGAAGGAGAGCGACAAGCCACUGUAGAACCUGCGAUCAAGAGAGCACCACGGCUCCUACAUUGGACCUUGGAGCAUCCCCACCCUCCCCCCACCCCACCCUUGGCCUGCCACCCAGAGCCAAGAGGGUGCUGCUCAGUUGCAGGGCCUCCGCAGCUGGACAGAGAGUGGGGGAGGGAGGGACAGACAGAAGGCCAAGGUCUGGUGUGGUGUGCAGAGGUGGGGAGGAGGCGAGGAUGGGGACAGAAAGCGCACAGAAUCUUGGACCAGGUCUCUCUUCCUUGUCCCCCCUGCUUUUCUUCUCCCCCAUGCCCAAGCCCCGUGGCCGCCGCCCCUCCCCUGCCCCGUUGGUGUGAUUAUUUCAUCUGUUAGAUGUGGCUGUUUUGCGUAGCAUCGUGUGCCACCCCUGCCCCUCCCUGAUCCCUGUGUGCGCGCCCCCUUUGCAAUGUAUGCCCCUUGCCCCUUCCCCACAUUAAUAAUUUAUAUAUAUAAAUAUCUAUAUGACGCUCUUAAAAAACAUCCCAACCAAAACCAACCAAACAAAAACAUCCUCACAACUCCCCAGGAA